AUGUCCCCAAAAACCAACAUGCCAAGACGCAAGCCACUCCUCAUAGCUCCCUAUGUCUUCGGCAUCCAGACAGUCCCCCUCCUAGCCAGCGGCAUCUACACCCUCUUAUUCCCAGCAGCCGCAGCAGCUCUCCCGGAUUCACCCUUACAAGGUCUUAGCAAUGGCACGAUCCAAGCACUCAGUCUGACGUCCCUAUCUCUGGGCUCAUUCUACGCCAUUGCAUCAUACCAGAAUAACAUUCCCAUGAUGCUUGCUGCGAUUCCGGGGCGGCUUUUGGCUAUGGUCGUUUUUCAUCGUAGUGGUGGGGGUUGGAAGAAUGUUGCUCCUUUUGAAGGGUUGAUGGGGAUGUUUACUGCGCUGGGGUUGUGGUGGGAUUGGCGUAAUGUUGGCACGAUUACUGAGAAGGAAGAGUGA